CUCUAGACAUCUACCUCAGAGACGGUGGCCCCAGGACUUAAGUGAAGUUCACCGCUCUGACUAUCGGCAGUGCUGGAGAGUGGAGAAUGGGGACAGGGCGUCCAGACAGACCUGGUUCACAUCUGUCGUGUGGCAUGUCCAGCUGUGCGGCUCUGGACUGGCUAGUGUCCUGGGUGUUGUGACAGUCCAACAAGUUGAUGUUACAAAGCACUGUAUAACGCCCCUCUGCUUGCUAUUAUUUAAGAGGCUGCAAUCGGUGGUUCCGGUACUGGGUGAGGGGUAACUGUGCGCACUGCUCCGGUCACAUAUUUGUAAUCCUGAGGACUCUGUCCUAAGUCUCCAAUUCCAGCUUCUCUGGGGAAAUGGCAAGCUGCAGACAUACUAGCCUCCAUUCUGACUGCAAAAAGAAGAUGCGAGAGUCUCAGGAGCACACCCGACAGGCCGGUGACUCAUUGCUUAAUCGGUUGUGAUCCAUGGCUCCUGGUGGGCAGCUGUGUUUGCGACCUCUAGUACUGAGUGAUGUGCACCAGACAUCUUAGCUCGGCAGAGCUCUCAGUCUGGUGGAGUGGACAGACUGGCAGACUAGGAGGGCGGCUUUCAGGAGAGAGAGAGAGAGAGAGAGAGAGCCCAUGGGCUCCCAGGUGGCGCAGGGCCACAACCACCUCCACCUACAUGGAGGUGCAAGGAGGAUCCCAAAGGACGGCUCUCUAGAGGAGGAACCCAGAGUUCCGGAACUAAAGACAUCAUAGACUCAAAGUAUACCCGGAUGGUCUUCCGGGACGGCCCCAGACUGGAAGAACCGGACCUGGCGCUGUUUCCUCGCGCGAAGGUGUGCUGUGGGGCUAAUGGUUGAUGCAGGAAGCCAGCAGCCUCGAGACUCAUCUCUGGGGAUCCAGGCAGUCCUAUUGCAGUUGAGGAAAGCUGCAGAGUUCCCUCCCUGUACUGCAAAGUCCAGUGCGCAGGCGUGUGGGCGGGGCAGGCCCUUAAAGGCACCGAGCCCGCCGCGCUAUGGCUCACGUAGGCUCUCGCAAGCGCUCGAGAAGUCGCUGUCGGUCCCGGUCCCGGUCCCGUGGUUGGCGAGGGUCAGAAAAGCGAAUUCAUCUAGUUCCUCCUCGUCUUCAUCCUCAUCCUCCAGUGAUGGCCGGAAGAAGCGAGUGAAGCACAAGGAGAAGAAGAAGAGGAAGAAGAAGAAGAAAAGGAAGAAGAAGAUGAAGAGGAGAGGCAAGGAGAAGGCAGUGGUGGUGCAGCAGGCCGAGGCUCUGCCCGGCCCCUCACUGGAUCAGUGGCACAGAUCAGCUGGGGAGGACAACGAUGGCCCAGUCCUGACGGAUGAGCAGAAGUCUCGCAUCCAGGCCAUGAAGCCCAUGACAAAGGAGGAGUGGGAUGCUCGGCAGAGCGUUAUCCGAAAGGUGGUGGACCCAGAGACAGGACGCACAAGGCUCAUCAAAGGAGACGGUGAGGUUUUAGAGGAAAUCGUAACCAAAGAACGACACAGAGAGAUCAACAAGCAAGCCACCCGAGGGGAUGGCCUGGCCUUCCAGAUGCACGCCGGCCUGCUUCCCUGAGGGUCCUGCCGCCCCAGGUUUGUGAGCUGCUGUUGGUAGCUUGAAGACUGAUGGGUCCAGGUGCCUUCCCUACAUCCUCUUGGGCGCAAUGGGUGGCCUAAACACCUAACUGGACAGCAGAGUGUCACUAUUAAAUGACCUUGGACAGCUGGCA